UUGCCUUAAUUUCCAGCUCCUUCCUUCUUUCGCUUGAUCCCUUGACAGAGAGAACGAGGCCCGACGUUCUCAUCAUGAGGAGCACCAAGUCGGUGGCAUUCACUCUCUUCUUAGUCAUAGUAACAUCUCUUCCCUUCAUCCUUAAUGCCUCCUUCUGGUCUUUGAGUGCGCUCUACCGAGGCGGCUACCUCUCUGUGGAGAGGCCUUCCGUGGAUGUCCUUGUUUCAGAGAAAGGAACGUUCAAGGCGGGCUUCUACCAAGUGGGCGAGAAUGCAUUCUCCUUUGCCAUCUGGUAUGCUGAGACUGAGACGCUCAACCAUCCGGCGACUGUCGUCUGGAUGGCUAACAGGGACAGGCCGGUAAACAGAAGGGCCUCUCGGCUAUCCUUCCGAAGAAGAGGCGACCUCGCCCUGGUGGAUGCAGACCGCACCGUCAUGUGGACAACCACCAACACGGACAGUGCAGGGGAGGUUCUGGAGUUACGGGAAACGGGGAACCUAGUGCUGUUGGACGGGGAGAGGAAGGUGGUGUGGCAGAGCUUUGACCAGCCGACGGAUACGUUGCUGCCAGGGCAGCCAUUAACCAGGUCCAUGCGAUUAGUGUCAAAAAAAGCUGAAGGCAUUUACAAUAGCGGGUAUUACUCUGUCCACUUCAAUGACGACAAUGUGCUGAGUUUCAUUUAUGAUGGGCCCAACACGUCCAGCCUCUACUGGCCUCCUCCUGAGAAUACUGUCUGGGAAAACGGAAGGACCAGGUAUAAUGGUUCAAGAUAUGCAAUACUUGACGACAUGGGUAAGUUUAAUUCAAGUGAUUGGUUGCAAUUUAAAGCACUAGAUUUUGGCUUAGGAGUCAAGAGAAGAUUAACGAUGGACUUUGAUGGAAUUCUAAGGCUAUACAGCCUCAAUGAGAGAACAAAAGACUGGGAAGUUACAUGGAUGCCAGAAAUAGCAAGAUGUAGAGCUCAUGGCCUUUGUGGGGAAAAUGGAAUUUGUUUUUACCAACCAAAGCCCACAUGCACUUGUCCUCCUGGUUUUCAAAUGAAAGAUCCUGCUGACUGGACUCAAGGAUGCAAACCAGAAUUCGAAAUUGUUUGUAACAAGACGGAAGUGAAGUUUAUUAAGAUUCCAAAUACAGAUUUCUAUGGCAAUGAUUUAAAUUACCAACCAAAAGUGUCAUUUGAAGCUUGCAAGAACAUCUGCAUAAAUGACUGCAACUGUCGUGGUUUUAGCUAUAAGAUGGAUGGAGAAGGAAAAUGCUUUCCAAAAGGCCUUCUCCUCACUGGUCAAUCCGGCCCUCACUAUCUUAAUGACAUGUAUGUCAAAAUUCCCAUACAAAUGAACUUUAGUGGAAUUUUUGGCCAUUCCAAUUUAGAUUGUUCAAAAGUGAGUCUAUAUAAGAUAUUAGAUAGAGCUUAUGCAGUCGGCCAAGCAUGGGGAGACUAUUUAAAGUAUCCAAUUGGUUUUGUUAUAGCUUUUGGGGUAGCAGAAUUAAUAUGUGUGGCAUUUGGGUGGGCUUAUAUGCACAAGAAAACAGUCCACCUCCACAAUCUCAAUCAAGGCUAUGUGGCUGUCUCAGUGGGCUUUAAAAGGUUCACUUUCAAAGAGUUGAAGAAAGCUACAAAAAAUUUCAGUGAUGAAAUUGGAAGGGGUGGAUCGGGGGUGGUUUAUAAAGGAGUCCUAGAGGACAAGAGAGUUGUAGCUGUAAAGGAGCUUGAGGGCCUGAACCACGGAUCAGAAGCACAGUUUUGGAGUGAGGUAAGCACCAUUGGAAGAAUCAAUCAUAUGAAUUUGGUGACUAUGUUUGGAUUUUGUGCUGAAAAACAAAAAAGGCUGUUAGUUUAUGAGUACUUGAAAAAUGGGUCUUUAGAGAAGAACUUGUUCAGCAAUGGUACGACGCUUACUUGGGAAAAUCGGUUAAAUAUUGCACUUGGUACAGCAAAGGCACUUGCUUAUCUUCAUGAGGAGUGCUUAGAAUGGGUGCUUCAUUGUGAUGUGAAACCACAAAAUGUUCUUCUUGACAGAGAUUUCCAGCCAAAAGUGGCAGACUUUGGUUUGUCCAAGCUUUUUGAUAGGGGUGGAAAUAACAUUUCUGAAUUUUCUCGGGUGAGAGGAACAAGAGGCUAUAUGGCUCCUGAGUGGAUUUUGAACCAGCCCAUCACAUCCAAAGUCGAUGUAUAUAGCUAUGGCAUUUUAGUACUAGAGUUGGUGACUGGCCGAAAUUCCAUUGGAUCUCAACAAAUAUUUGAAAAUGGAGAAAUUGGAAACAAACAGUUGAUUCCUUGGAUUAGAGAAAUGGUGAGAACAAAUCAGAAUUGGGUGGAAGAAAUAGCAGAUCCACAAUUGUAUGGAAUGUUUGAAAACUCAAUAAUGGGAACCCUAAUUAAAGUGGCUUUGCAGUGCGUUGAAGAAGAAAGGGAUCUAAGACCAAACAUGAGCCAAGUUGUAAAUUCCAUCACAUCUGCAUGCCUUGUUGACGAAGUAGUGUAUGAAGAAAUUGAGUAAUGCCAAUCAAAUGAUUUCUUGCUUCAACCACUUAUCUUUUGUUUUUUGUUCUGUACUUAUGUCAUCAAUUAGAUUAUUGUGGGGCAACGGUAAUAUGUUUAGUGUUACAACAAUUCAA